AGUCGCUGAGACGCUAACUAUGCCCGCCACUCUCUUCCUCUCUCCUCUUUCCACUCUCCCAAACACCGCCCAUCUUCUUCCCUCUCACGCGCACUUUUCCAUCUCAUCUUCCUUAAACCCAAAACCUCCACAAAACCCAACUCCCUCCAAAACCCCGCAUUCCACGCCCCCAUUGGAGUCCUUUUCGAGCUCCGACGCCUCCGUUAAGGCUCCCGCUGCUCCAUGGAUGAAGGGUCCGCUUCUUCUUCAACCCCACCAAGUCAUUGACUUCUCAAGACCCAGAAACAGGAAGAUCCCCGGCAAUGCCAAACCCGAAAACUCCGAUUCGGAGCUAGGAGGCAAGUUGGUCGGCAUUAGAGGGGAGAGAGCAAUCAAGCAAAUUGUCCAGAGCAUUGAGAGGCUUGGACCAAAUGAGAAUCCGGAAAAACCCCAGAAAGGUUUUGGGGAGUUUGGGAUUUGGGAUUGCUUGGAGGGGCUCGUACAAGAGGAUAAUUCGGUAGGAACCCACAGAGGUUUUGGGGAGUUUGGAAUUGGGGAUUGCUUGGAGGGACUUGGAAAGGCCGACGACUCGAAGAUUUCCGGGAAGAAAAUGCCGUGGGAGAGGGAGGAAAGGAUGGUGUUUCCGAAGGUAAAGAGGAAAGGGUGGCGAGUGCAUGCAGAACUGAGCCUUGAGAAAGAGUUACUUGAGAGGUUGAGAGGUGAGGCAGCAAAGAUGAGGAAAUGGGUCAAGGUUAAGAAGGCCGGGGUCACUCAAGCCGUUGUUGAUGAUGUUAAGUUCAUUUGGAAGGGGAAUGAGCUCGCCAUGCUCAAAUUCGACGUGCCACUCUGCCGGAAUAUGUAUAGAGCUCAAGAGAUUCUUGAGAUGAAGACUGGAGGCAUGGUUGUUUGGAGAAAUAAAGACUCACUUGUUAUUUAUAGAGGGUGCAAUUAUCAAUUAACUUCGAAAUUUUUUCCAGAGAGGCGCCCACACUCUGCUGGCUGUCAAGAAACAUCAUCCUCAAAUCUCAUUCAGCUGGACUUAGAAAAAAGUAGUAUUUAUCAAUCUGAAACUUUUGAAAGUGCUGUGGAUGAAAAGUUGAACAAAAAGAACGACAAAGGGGAUCCGACACAAAUCUUUCUAGAAACCAAUGUGAGUUGCCAACCAACAAGUAGCUCCUUGUAUGAGAAGGAAGCAGAUAGAUUAUUGGAUGGCUUAGGACCUCGAUUCAUUGACUGGUGGAUGCACAAGCCUUUGCCAGUAGAUGCGGACUUGCUCCCAGAAGUGGUUCCUGGAUUUAAGGCUCCAAUUAGGCGCUGUCCACCAAACACUAGAUCAAGGCUAACAGAUGAUGAACUAACUAACUUGAGGAAGUCCGCUCGUUCAUUGCCUACUCAUUUUGUCUUAGGAAGGAACAGGAAACUUCAAGGCUUGGCUGCUGCCAUCUUAAAGUUGUGGGAGAAAAGUCAGAUAGCAAAGAUUGCUGUGAAGCUUGGAGUUCCAAAUACAAACAAUGAGCAAAUGGCAUAUGAGCUGAAGUGUCUCACAGGAGGAGUUCUGUUACUGCGCAAUAAGUUUAUUAUAUUACUCUAUAGAGGCAAGGACUUUCUUCCUUGUGGAGUUUCGGAUUUAGUAGCAAAAAGAGAAAUAGAGCUCAAUAGAUGGCAACUCCAUGAAGAACAUGCACGCCUGAAAGCAAUUGAAACUUUUUCUGAAGAUGAUGAUCCAUUAGGCAGUACUGGCACAGUGGGAACAUUAUCAGAAUUCCAUAAUAUCCAAACAGAGUAUGGAGACCUUAUAAGAAGAAAUAAAGACAUUGAAAUUAAGCUGGAAGCUGAAAAGGCACGACUGGGGAGGGAGCUGAGGAAUCAAGAGCGCAAGGCGUUCAUUCUAAGCAGAAAAAUAGAGAAAUCAACAAAUAAGUUAUCAAAGUUGAAUUCUCAAUGGACACCGGCUGAGCAGGAUGUUGACCAAGAAAUGAUAACUGAAGAAGAGAGAGAAUGCUUCCGAAAGAUAGGACUGAAGAUGCAUAGUUGCUUAGUACUUGGUAGGCGUGGGGUCUUUAAUGGGGUAAAGGAAGGUAUUCAUCAGCACUGGAAGCACAGGGAGGUAGUCAAAGUUAUUACAAUGCAGAAACUGUUUGGGCAGGUCAUGUACACUGCAAAGUUCCUUGAAGCAGAAAGUGGUGGGGUUCUCGUCUCGGUGGAUAAGCUAAAAAAGGGCCAUGCUAUUAUUAUCUACCGUGGGAGAAAUUACCGACGGCCUUUUAAGCCAAUAUGUGGGAAUCUUCUAUCUAAAAGAAAAGCAUUACAUAGAUCUCUUGAAAUGCAGAGAAUUGGAUCGCUCAAGUUUUUUGCAUCCCAGAGACAGCAGGCAGCCUUAGAUUUGAAACUGAAACUGUAAGUACUUCAAGAGAUGAGACUUAUUUUGAGCCCGUGAAUGACAGGAAACUUUGCAACAAAAUAGAGGAAUUAAUUGAAGAGAAUCCGAAGUUUGACAAACUAUUAAUUAAAAGACUUGUCGAGCUGCUUCCCAUGAGUAUUCGGCUAUGGAAGGAUGUUGAUUUUCCAUAAGACAGAAACUUCUUCCCAGUCAUCAAUUCAGUUUACAAGUAAGGCCUUGGAAUCUUAGAAUAUUUAGUCUCCAAUAUUGUUUAUAUCACAUAUACUCUUCAAGUAUUUGACUCGACUGGUCUAAUUCACAUGUACAACUCCAGAAAAUUAGGCAUCACCAGAGUUUCACCUAGAUACAGUAUAGCUAUCCAUCAGCCUCUGUUCACGAGGACGGAGGACAUCAUGUAAAACUGUAAUUUAUUCGCAUGACACUCACCUUUGUGCAUAUGCACUUCAUAACUUAGUAUCAAUUGCACGCAGGGUAUUUUAACUAGAUUCAGUAACAUCAUUUUUCUCUUUGGAAAUCAUUAACAUUUUAUCGAGAUGACGAUGUUGUGCCAGAAUGUUGUGAUCUUGUAGGAGAAGCGAAGCAUGGCUUUAGAGGAAUUUCCAAGGAUUGAAGCCUACCUUCCAGCAUUAGUCUGAAUGUACCACAAUGCUUACCAAAUGAAGUUCCUUACAAUUGUUUCCUCUCCAGCAGUAAUCCCCUGGAGUCCUAAAUCGUUUCCCUCGUCAAGGCUCUUACAAAUAUGAGCCUACGAGUAUCAUAAGUAUAGUUGAAGAAGUAGAAAUCCGUAGUAGUAUUAGUAAUUACUAAGCCUGCUGGACUAGAACCCAGCAACGCUUGUGACACGGUUGGCAUAUCAGGGGCAUCAGCUUUGCAGUCCAGAUGAAAGAGGGGUGACCACUGUACACGGAGCUGUGAGGACAUUUGAAAUCGAUAGCAGUAAGGAAGACAGAGAAAGAAAUUCAUUCUGCUAGAGUAAAGAAGACUUGAAAUAGCAUACAGAUCGAACGGUGAAGAGUUGGAUGCAGAACUUGAAGUGUUUGAAUGGCUUUUUUCCCAUGUAAAAAGUUUAUAGAGCAACCUUUUAACAUAAAUCAUGCAUUUCACUCAUUUCGUUCGAACAUUUCCUGCAAAGUAGUCACAUUAUGUACUUAAUUCACAUACUUUCCACA